GCCCCUAGUGGUGAUUAUGCACACCAAGCUGCGUGCGCAUACACCAACAUAACCUGCGAGCUCCGUAUUCCACCAAAGCUCCUUCUAGUUAAAACCAUGGCGCCCGUCGCACCGAAACCAGCCAAAAAAGCCACCAGUGGCAAGAAGAAAGAUGUUAAGGAUAAAUCCAAGAACAUUAUGAAGGAUUUACACAUUCGCAAAUUGUGCUUGAACAUCUGUGUUGGUGAAUCUGGAGACAAGCUUACUCGUGCUGCCAAGGUGUUGGAACAGUUAACUGGUCAGCAGCCAGUUUUCUCCAAGGCGCGUUACACGGUUCGUUCGUUCGGCAUUCGUCGUAACGAAAAGAUUGCAGUGCACUGUACUGUACGUGGUGCUAAAGCAGAGGAAAUCCUCGAGCGCGGCUUGAAGGUGCGAGAAUACGAAUUGCGCCGAGACAAUUUCUCAGCGAGUGGUAACUUUGGUUUCGGAAUCCAAGAACACAUUGACUUGGGUAUCAAGUACGACCCGACGAUUGGUAUCUACGGAUUGGACUUCUACGUCGUGCUGGGCAGGCCCGGCUUCAACGUGGCGCAUCGCCGCAGGAAGCAAGGCAAGGUUGGUUUUGCGCACCGGCUCACCAAGGAGGACGCCAUGAAGUGGUUCCAACAGAAAUACGACGGUAUUAUUCUCUCGAGCAAGAAAUAAAUCGUUCGUAAACUUUACGUGCGCUAAAGUUAUCAUAAUUCAUAAUAAUAAAUUUAAUACAAAAACAA